AUGCAAGCAAAAUUUGAUUUUGAAGUCGCUAACUUGGCCCCUUCUUCCCCAAUUUCGAAAUUUGCAAAUGAUGUUGGUUUUGGGAGGUGCCGACGCUGCGAGCUAAUAGCAUUGGGCAACAGUGGGCCAAUGGCGGUCGCGAUGGGGUGGGGUGGGUUGGGGUUGGUGAAGGAGAGAAGAAAGACUAAAAAAGUGGCGAUCGAGGUGGUGAUGUUGAAGGACAAAAUUGCCACUACUGCCCUACAAAAUUCCCGCGUUACAGUAUCCACCAAACUCCUAAAACCCCGUCUUCUCCAAAUCCACAAUUUUGUGAAGAAAUCAAGUACAGGGCCAAGAAAAAUGCUCAAAUCUGAAUUCUCAGACUCAGAGUCCCAAGAAAAUGACUCGUCAGGUGAAGAAUCUGAAAAAGAAACCCCAAGAAGCGAAGAAAAAACAUCCGAUUAUGAGUUGCAGAGAUUGAAGAGGAUUGAGGAGAACAAGAAGAGAAUGGAGGCCUUGGGUUUGCAUAGAAUUGCAAAUUCUUUUAUUGGUUCUGUCCAGAAAGACCAUAAAAAGAAGUGUGAGAGAAAGGGCAAACGCAAAAUGGUCGAUGAAGAUGAAGAAUAUAAGCCAAGCGAGAUUGAAGAGGAAACGUGUUCUUCAAGUGAAGAGGAUGGGAGUGAUGAUGACAAGUUUUCUGGGUCUCAAAAGGGAAAAGCGAAGAAAAAAACUUCAACUCCUAAGAAGCAAGUACCCAACUCGGAUAUUCUGGAUGAUGAUGCUGCCCUGAUGCAGGCAAUUGCUCUAUCCCUGAAAGAUUCAGCAGGGUUUUUGGAUGUGCCAACCAGCGUGCCUUCUCAUUAUCUUCCUAUGCAGGCAAUUGCUCUAUCCCUGAAAGAUUCAGCAGGGUUUUUGGAUGUGCCAACCAGCGUGCCUUCUCUAAGUCCUGGAGCACAUGCAGUUGAUAAAAUAAGUAGUCAUAAAGAAAGAAAUUCCAAUAGUCAAGACGAUGUUGAAAAGAGAAAGAGGAAAAAAAUGGGGAAGCCGAUAAAUAGCCGAGUGCAAAUGACUCUAGAUGAAAUGGUUAUACACUUCUUUCACUUUGAUGAAGUAGGCAAAGGGAACAUAACUCUCAGAGAUAUACAGAGAGUAGCUACAGCACAUGAUUUCACGUGGUCAGAGAAGGAGAUUUCGGACAUGAUAUACUGCUUUGAUAGUGAUGGAGAUGGGAAGCUAAACCUUGAUGAUUUCCGAAAGAUUGUUGGUCGAUGCAACAUGAUAAAAGAUUCGGACAAUGGUGCAAGGCGUGAGGCAUGACAAGACAACGUGAUAUAUUCCUGGUUAUAUAUUUUGGGCACAUGCUGUCUUACUCAUCUCCCAGUUGCCACGUUACAAGACCCUCCAAAGCAAUCAAGCUGCAAGCCUUGUGACUUAAAUCUUGAAGCCAAGGAUCGUGAAGAAUUCUAUACCAAUUGGCUUGUUGUAUAACUCUUCAUUUGGUCUGGAUUAACCUGUCAGUUUGAGCUUAUUUCUCCUGUGUUAAUGUCUUUCCCCUAAAAACUUGUAGCAAAUAAAAUAGUAUUUAUUGUUGAUGAUGACCCAACGGAAACCUAGGUCUCGUAAUUCUUUAGAAUAAUGCUAUUUAAUACCA